CAGCAGCUUGAAGGGUUAAAGGUCCCAAGAACGAAACAGACAUCCAAGGUUCUUGCCGAGCUUCUGGAAUCUUAGAAUAUCGUAACCUCAACAUUACACUCGGUGCAUUGUUAUUAUAAUCACUCAGUGAUCUGAACUAUGCACCUCCAUAUUGCUCCACUACUCCAAAUUUAUUCUAUUGGCAGGUGAUCUUGGACUUUAACCUUACCAACAGCGGCUUUCAUUUUUCCUCCUCCAGAAUUACCUAGGUACUCGCAACAUUUCCCUUUCUUUGCGCAUAGGCCUCCAAUUCCGUAGCUCCAUAAUAGCGACGAGCAUAGCACAAUGAUAUUUCCAUAGCUUCAGACAAUUAAGACAUUCAUCCAUUCCGAUGUCUAAACUCGAUCAGCUCGUCAAAGGCGCACCGCCUCCAGGAAUUCAAGUCCCUCCUAUGCCAACCAGUGGUAUUACAUCAUCCGAAUCUUCUAUUAUCGAUCCCCUCGCAUCCCUUCCCUCCUCUCCCCCGCAGAUCUACCUCAAUCUCCUAAUUCUCGAAGCUUCACUGCGUGCACAGUGGUUACAGCUUCGCACACGAAGGCGACAACAUGCAUUCUUCCUAAGCCUCCUGGGGCUCUGGAAUAUAUGGUUUGGCUAUGCAUUGUUUCUGGCGCCGAGGGAAGAUGGUAGUGGUGUAGGAGGAUCGGUGUAUUGGGUUGUGGAAAUGACAGAGAAGAUGUGUUUUAUUGGCGGAAUAGUCACUGCACUUUUGAUAUGGGGAACUGGACAAUGGGAAAGAGGUAUUCGAUGGCCGAGGAGGUUUGUCGGGAUUACAAACAGAGGACUUAGAGGAUUCAAUUGCAAGCUGGUGGUUAUCAAGGAGCCGUGGUGGAAGGAGUUACUAUCAGCGUUAUCAUUCCUAUUCUCUUAUGGAUUGUUCUCGGGCAACAGUGGAAGCUCAUAUCGUUUUGUGGAUCAAUCGUUAUUAAAGGAGUCGGAAAAGGCGGCGAAGAGCGGGGGACAUCAUGCGUUACCGAAUAUACACGAAGCUGAUGAUACAAAGGGUUAUGAAGAGGACUUAGCACCUGGCGGGGAUUAUGUGAAGCUUUUAUUGCUUCCCAAACCUUUCUCUCCCAAUUUUAGGGAAAAUUGGGAUAUAUAUCGUACAGAAUACUGGGAAAAGGAAAACGAGCGACGAAAAAUAUUACGACAGAAAUUGAAGGAGCGGGAAAGAAAACUGGCAAAACAACAAGGUGGAUGGUUAUGGUGGACAGGAUAUCGUGGAUGGAGAACGGCACCUCCUACGGAUGUUGAGAAAAUUCAUUACCGAACUCAUCGACAAAAUACUGUCUCGAAACGCGACAGGAGUACAAGUGUACGGUCACAUUCCCAUUCUCGUAAUUCAUCCCGAAGCGCAACACCCACUGGGAGCGAUGAAAGACCCGGCAGCGGUCACACAAGGAAAGGCAGCAGUGCAUCAACUAUCUCUGAACGCAGAAGAAAGAAGGCACUUCCUGGCCCGACUAGGCUCGCACCCACUUCUGGUGUAGGCGCCGGCGGUUCUAGAUCCACUACUCCUGAGGUACCAUCACCAUUGAUUAGGGAAAAUAGCUUUACAAGUCUUUCCUCUCUGGAUAGUGACAGGCCCCUCACACCACUCUUAGGCGAUGCGGAUUCCUCGACUUCCAGAUCUUUGAGGUCUUCUACCAGAGAAAAAUCAGAUACCUUGAAGCCCCCUAAGCGAACUGAUGGUUCUGCCGUGGAAAGUGAUGAGAAAUAGAAUUAGAUACUUUUAAUGCGAUGAAUGUUUUAACUUUAACCCUACUGUUCUUUAUUUUUCUGAUGAUUGGGCAAUUAAGUUGUAUUUUAGGUGUAGUUGUGAUGAUUUAUGGGGAUUAAAGAGAAGUACGGGGUA